AUCCACCCUCAUAUGAUAUUUGUACUAUUCUGGGGUGUUCCAAAAAAAGCCACUGGCCUGGGGGGCAUGAAAAUAAGGCAGAGCUUCAAUAAUCGAUGGCUCAAGUAGUAAAACGCUUUCCGUCAGCCUGGCUGUUCUUCAUUUGAAUGCUUUUGGAAUGCUUUGCUAUUUCCUUGCAAAUAAGUUCAUAAAGUUUGUUCAGGGGAUUUUCAUUUCCUUCCUGUCGGGUUUUACCCCACCCUAUUCAAGAGAGAACAAGGUACGUUUGUAAAGCAAAGCGUUUGUUAUGCAGGUUGCCAUGGAAACCAGAUCUUAUGACAUUGAAUGACAACAUGACUUUACAUGAGCCUGUGGGUCAGUAUAACGUCAUCAUUGGCUUACUGGCUGGUGUUGGUUCUCGAUUGGUUCAGGAGCUUCAUGAAAAAUUGUGUAAUGGCGAGGGUUAAUGCCGUCUAGGUUCGAAGCGACUCGAUAAAACGAACAGUUAGUGUUCAGUGUCUUUGCAAUGCACUGUUCUCUUGAAUUGACAGAAAAAGGAAAUUUUUUUAAAAAGUGGAUCUGAAACAUGCACAACUUGUGUGCAUUCACACGAAUUGAAUCAUUCCCUAUUUUCCUGGGAGAGCACCUGCCUGGUCCUAUUUUGUCUCAGCAAAGUGUGACAAUUAUCAGACGGUAAACUUUAUUACCAGGUUGUGGGGCCUAUGUAUACAGAGAGAACACAAUAAGCAUAUACCCCCCACAUCAGCAAUAGCCUCGGGCAUGAACACAGACCAUUACCAACUGCAAACCGGUCUUUAUAUUGGCUCGACUAUUUUCUAUUGAUACGACCGUUGUGGAGUUUUUCAGUUCCCUUACGAUAUCACUUUGGUUAGUUCAGAGCUUUGUUCUCUUUUUGUUAAUGUUCGGUGAGCUUUUUAUCCUGCCCAAUACCAGUGGCACAGCUUAGGACAACAUCCAGGCCUGACUACAUCAGACGAUUGAAAAGCAGGUUGCCAUGGACACCUGUCUCAAAGCCCCGUCAACAUUUCUCGUCUGGGUUUUACCCUGAUUGUUACCCCGCCAAGGGCCCAUUCAGACCCAGAGAAACACAAUGACACGAAGCUUAAAUGUUGCAUUCAAUGAAUGCAUGAAUUUAUAUUGCUUGAUGCUGCUACUGAGAUGGAGCGACCAAUCGUGGCGCAGCAUUCCCAGAAUGACUUGGUGCAAGUUUUUGGCGCAGCAGUCUGCUGCUGUUGAGAUUCUGGAUAUGUUACCGACUCUCCAAAAUGGAUGUAACAUGCACACCGGGAAUCUGUUGACAUUCAAAAGAGACACCACACCAAAUCCACGCCUCCAUUACUUUGACUUUGAUCAGCUAGCUGGUUUCAGGGAUUAUGUGCCUCCAUCGAUAAUCUCAGGAAGGAAUUAAACUACCAUAACCUACAGUGAACCAUACAAGUCACCACAUCCUCGGGUUGAUCCAAGGGAUGAUAACUCCAUCCACAAACGACCACUGAUUUCAAGGCAGACAGAGUUGUGGAUGUGCUUUACCCACCUGUGGAUUCUGCUAAUUGUAUUCAUCAAGAUCUAGCUUGUUUAGCUGUGGAGGAACGAAUACAGUGAUGGCCCCAAUGGGUUAUCUCUUGUGUUUUCUGUCUGUAACAUUCCUGUGUCUGGCCUGUACAUCCUCAAUGGCAGUGGAUUUGUGUGUUCCAAAUAUCGGUGUCACCUGUGAUUUCCCAUGUCCCCGUAAUGCGUCAUCCGCCAUGGAUGAAUCAUAUGACCAACCACCAAGUCUACCAGAUUUCCUAGAUGUGCAGUGCUUCGGAUGCAUAUGUACACCUUGCACUACACCAGCAACUACAACGGAGCCGACAACCAUGGAAACAUCAACAACAGGAACAUCAUCCACGCCCACAAUUUUAACAUCAACAACAGCAACGACUGUGACAACACCAACAACGACGCCGUCAACAUCAAUUGCCACCCAGACAACUCCAACAACACAGACAGCGACAUCUGUGACAACACCUACAAUGCCGUCAACAUCAACUGCCACUCCGACAACUUCAACAACACUGACAGAAACUACCUCCAUAGGUACAGCGCGAACAACUUCUGACAGUGGUGCAUCUUCCUCAGUAAUCCCUAAAACUAGUUCAGAUAUGUUGUCAGGGACAGAAACCACCACAUGGUCCACAAUGACUGAACAGACAACACAGAUAUCUACAGGAUUUUCCACCACACCAAGCAUUGGUCCUCCACAAGAACUCAGGUGUUUCAUUGCUUCCCUAAUCAUCGGCAGUUGGCUAAUGGUAUUUUACUUUACUGUCUGCGGAUUCCUGUGUGGUAUCUAUCUCUGCAACGGGAAGGACGUAACACACAACAAUGUCCACCCGCAGUGUGAUGAUGAGAGUCCAAGACCAGACACGCUAAGCAAAUUUAGCCGAAUGGUGGUUACGAUUCUCUUCAUCGUUUGCAUCAUCCUUCUCAUCAUCGCUGGCGUCUUAUUGGACAAGCCCAGGACCUAUUGUGUCAGUCUCGUCAUGGUGUGUAUCAGCUUUGUGCCGGGGAAUAUUGUAUGCGUCGGCAUCAUCUGUCACUUGGCAAAAGAGAAUAAGAACAACAAGGUAAUGCAGAGCCAGGAGUCCCUCAAGGGAACUACCCAAGAUGCCGAGAAGCCACUGUCAAUCACAAAGAACAAAGACCCCAAUCUUGGUGUCAAAGAGGAGAGGCCUUGUUCCCCAAGUCCAUCUGGAAGGAUCGUCUGGACCCCCCACGGAGCAAAUGCAGGAGACAGAGAGGAUGACCCCAGAAACAGAAAAAUCUCCGCUGGUUCCCAGGCUGGAGAUUCUGCUGCGCUGGUCCCCGGGAGCAAAGAUACCGGCAAAGCCCAGCCCAAGAAAAAGAAAAAGAAGAAGCGAGGUAGCCAGCCGAGUAUUGAACUAGGAGAGCUGCGACGACCGAGCAGAGGUUUUAACUACGAGUACAUAAAAGAAUAACAGUUGUGAUACACAGCACAGCAUAAGCCAAACCACUUAUAUAUGCAAGAUGUCACAGUUUUUCAAAAAUCAUAAUAUGCACAGGGGAUAAUUGCAUGUCUGUACCGGGGGGGGGGUGGUGGAAACUGAAUUCUUGUCCUUCAAGUUUUCAUCCAAGCAAAAAGAACAUGGAAACCAGGUGCACAGCCAGGGUUUGAUUUCACCAUGCUGCCAAAUGGAAUCUAAAAUCCCGUUUUAAUAACCCAUUUGCACUCUUCCAUUUUUGCUUGAUUAGCAUCCUGACUUUGCUUCCAAAAUCUGCAUCCCAUUGCAAUCUACAAUGUUGACCUUCCGCCCUGGUUACACUACUUGUAGAACCCAAUACACCCCCAGAAGAACAAAUCAAGAACUUUUCUCUCAUUUUACCAUUCUGUACAUAUGUCAAACUGUUCAUGCCCUAAAACUGUUCAACGUGGCCCCUUGAAAAACUAAACUGGCUUCAUGCUGGUUGCUGUGAUGUGUGGAAAGUAUUUCCAUAUCAUCAUGCACUGUAACACGUGUACUGUAACACUCUGCCCUGGCUCUUGCCAAUGAAGGCAGGAGGAUUUUUUGUUUUAUGUUGACUGCAUUCAGAACUGUUGCUCAGAUAUAAUUUUGUGAAUAUGCUUACACAGAUUCUCAAGUUUGUUGUGAUUAUGUAAACUUUAUAUUUUGCACAUACAUUGAUUCACCUUGAAGACUUUAAAGUAGGUUAAAGAAAAACACCUCACAUUACACUUGCCCAUUUCAAUCUAAUAAAGAUAUUGUAGCGUUAAGAAGGGCAAUCCUUACUUUUAGGACACCUCUAAAUUUUCUGUAAACUUCUCAUAAAACCAUUACCUUUGCAUCUUUGUAAAAUCUUCCUUCAUACUGUAACUGAAAAAAUGAGGAGUCAUUUUGGGGAGGAUGUUGCUGGAAAAUUACUGUGAAAUUUGGCUGUUCAAGACAGUAUUUAGAAGCGGGGUCCUAAAAUUAAGGAUUGCAGCUUCUAGUGCAGCAAUGAAGUUUGUUUGGAAGUGAAAUGAAAUAAGCAUAAGCAUGCGGAAUAGUUUGUUCGGGGAAGAGACAUGCUCACAUUUCAAUAAACUGCAAGAUCUGUGUUGUUUUCACAACCUGUGCAGAAAUUUA